AUGUCUCCCACCGGCAUCUACACCGCCCCCGGCGCCUACUGCCAGACCACGCCCUGGUACCAGCUAAGCUCCAACUCCACCCACCGGCCCUUCGGCACCUUCUCGCGCGGCCGCGGCAAGGCGCCCCCCUCCUUCGGCCCUCACCCCGAGGAGAUCGCGCGCCUCAAGAAAGAGGCCGCCUUCGACGAGUGGUACUUCCGGAUGGUGCGAUCCCCGCCCGGCCCCUUGCCGCCUCCCCGCCGCCGCCCCUUCCCCGAGCCGCAGAUACCUCUUCUAGGCCGCUUCGUCCUCAGCGUCGGCCGCGGCCUGACCCGGUGCGCGGACCGCGUGCGCGCCUGGCGGGACUGGGCCGUGCGCACUCACGAGCAGGUCAAGCAGGACUACGCGCGCGUGGCGUUUGCCGCCGAGAGGAAGUACUGGCUGGCCAUGACCGAGUACCGCAAGAGUCCCUGGCCCAACACCCUGCGCCAGCUGUGGUAUCUGCUGCUGAUGCUGCUGGGGCUUAUGCUCGUGGCGUGGGUUGCUUGGUUGAAGAUCCUCGCGGUGAUGGAGGAGCGAAGCGAGAGGCCGGCCUACCUACGUCCCAUUCCGGAGUACAUGGUGUAUUCUGUCACUCAGCAGCCGCGAUGCAAUUGCACUGCGAUAAAUAAGGCUAAAUGCCUAGUCUGGUUGGAGUGA